GGUUAAAAAAAAAACUGCAGGGGGAUUAAACGCGGCGUUUUUAACUUCCUCACAUUUUCUCUCACGCCCGUAGUAUGGAGGCUUAUUUCUCUCCUGCCUCCCGCCAAACCCAAACAAAGCAGGAAUGCUCCAUUUUUCAAAACUCAAAACUGCAAAAUUCACUAUCUAAUGCUUCACCAAGCUCCCAAGAGAUUUAUAGAGACAUCCACUACUCUCUCAAAGCUCCUGCAGAAUAUUUUGACUCCACCCAAGCAAGAUCUAAAACCCCUGCAAAAUCCCUUGAACCAAUCUGCUUUUGUACAAAACAACAAGCCUACACACAAUCAACUCAACCAGUUUUCAUCUAAAGUGAAGUAUAGAUAUAUUUGCGACCUCCUUUUGUCUCAAACCCACUCAAGGUCCCUUUCUAAUGGCCUUCAGCUUCAUGCCCACAUCGUCAAAUCAGGCCUUCGAGCAAUCCCUCUCGUCUCCCACCACCUCAUCAAUUUCUAUUCCAAGACGGGGUUGCCCAUCUUUUCCCUUCAAGUUUUUGAGGAAGCUCAACAGAAGUCAUCUACCACUUGGAGCUCAUUAUUGUCCUCAUUGGCACAAAAUGAGCUGCCUGGUCUUGCCAUUGAAUACUUUCGUCGAAUGCUUGUUGAUAAUAUCCGGCCUGAUGACCGUAUAUUCCCUAGUGCUACUAAAGCUUGUGCGAUUUUGGGUAGGUGUGAUAUUGGGAAAUCUCUUCAUGGCCUUGUGAUUAAAACUGCAUUUGAUUUUGACGUGUUUGUGGGAAGUUCUAUGGUUGAUAUGUACGCAAAGUGUGGGGAGAUAAGAGAUGCGAGGAAAGUGUUUGAUCAAAUGCCAGAAAGGAAUGUGGUUUCUUGGAGUGGGAUGAUUUAUGGGUAUACUCAAUUGGGUGAAGAUGAGGAGGCUUUAAGACUCUUCAAAGAAGCUUUAUUGGAAGAUUUGGAUGUGAAUGAUUUUACUUAUUCGAGUGUUAUUAGGGUUUGUGGUAAUUCAACAUUGCUUGAACUAGGAAGGCAGAUACAUGGGUUAUGUUUCAAAACAAGUUAUGAUUCGUCUAGUUUUGUGGGCAGUUCUUUGAUUUCUUUGUAUUCAAGAUGCGGUGUUAUUGAAGCAGCUUCUAGGGUUUUUGAUGAGGUGCCUAUUAAGAAUCUUGGGAUGUGGAAUGCUAUGUUGAUUUCUUGCGCUCAACAUGCACAUACAGAGCAAGUGUUUGAUUUGUUUGAAAAAAUGAAAAUUGCUAGGAUGAAACCAAAUUUUAUUACCUUUUUAUGUUUGCUUUAUGCAUGUAGUCAUGGAGGGUUAAUUGAUGAAGGGAAGUUUUAUUUUGGACUUAUGAAGGAGUAUGGAAUUGAGCCAGGGGCUCAGCACUACGCAUCGCUGGUGGACUUGCUUGGUCGUGCUGGGAAAUUACAAGAAGCACUAGCAACUAUUAAGGAAAUGCCCAUAGAGCCUACAGAAUCUGUGUGGGGAGCUUUUCUUACAGGGUGCCGCCUUCACGGGGACAGUGAGUCGGCAGCCUUUGCAGCUGAUAGAAUCUUUGAGUUGGGGCCUGUUAGCUCAGGCAUGGUAGUGCUGUUAUCCAAUGCAUAUGCUGCUGCUGGAAGAUAUGGCGAUGCAGCCAAAGCCAGAAAGAUACUUAGGGACCAUGGUGUAAAAAAGGAGACUGGUUUGAGUUGGAUUGAAGAAGGCAACAGGGUUCACACAUUUGCUGCAGGGGAUAGGUGUCAUGAAAGAACCAAAGAAAUAUAUCAGAAAUUAGAGGAAUUGGAAGAAGAUAUGGAGAGAGCUGGUUAUGUUGCAGACACAAGUUAUGUGCUUCGAGAGGUGGAUAGUGAAGAGAAAAGGCAGACAAUUAGGUACCAUAGUGAAAGACUUGCAGUUGCAUUCGGGCUCAUUGCCUUCAAAGCCAAUAGGCCUAUUAGGGUUAUGAAAAAUUUGCGCAUAUGUGGUGAUUGCCACACUGCAAUUAAGUUUAUGUCCCAGUGCUCUGGAAGAGUAAUAAUUGUGAGGGACAAUAACCGGUUUCAUCGGUUUGAAAAUGGAAAAUGCUCAUGUGAUGACUACUGGUGACUGCUGCAGUGCUGUUCUCUAGUGUGGGAGAGAGAUCCUUAAAAUGCUCUCUGUUGGAGACAACAACCAAGACAUCUGAUGAUUAAACAUUCUGUGAUUGUGAAAACAUGACUAGUAGUCUAAAGCUAGAAUGGCAUGGUAUUCCAUUUCUUACAGUUUUGGAGAUACAAUGAGGAAUAAAUCAUCGCAUCACGCUUCAACUGGCAAAGGGAACAUUUUGAUACUUGGACAUCCUACGCCACAUACUUCUUAAUUGGUUGUCUCACAUGGAUGCAAUGUUUAAGCUUUUCCUGGUGGCAAGGGCUUUUGUGAACCCACUAUGAACUGGGUAGUGAUAUUUGUCUCCUCCCAAUAACCUCUGCCCAUAUGUACCCAUUACAGAAUUAAAUUGGCUCAAUAUUCUUUUGACUGCACGAAGAUGAAGGCUUCUUCCUCUCACUCAUGGGGUGAGGAGUAAAAGGAGUUCCCAUGCCCAUAAAAUGUUUGAUUUUUCAGUUUUCAGUUCUUUCCAUACCAGGUCUGACAAUUUUGUUUGUGUAAAUUUAUGGAUGAAAGCUGCUGUUCAAUCUAGUGGCAUUGAAACUGUAGAAAAUCAUUACCACAUUUCUAUUAUAUUAAAACAUUUUAAAUAACAAAAUAUCCCGCAAAAUCAGAUCCUAUUACUCUCUAAAAUUGUGCAGCAAUUAUGUUAAUAGACUAACACAAUCCCAAAAAAGAAAAAAAAAAAGAGUCAAGAAAAAGAACUCCUGAAGAUUCAAUCAAGGCGUCAUGCUUAAUAUGAAAGGUAUUGGUUAGAAAUGUGAUUGGGGAAACAGGGGAUUUUGCUGUGGAGCUUGCUGCUGUUAUCAUCAAUAGCUUAUUCUUUUUAGUUAUCAUGAAUGGCUCAUUCCUGUUGUUACUUAUAGAGCCUGUGUAGCUUGCUGCUGUUGCUGUUUCUAUUGCUGUUUUGUGCUUGACCUCAUUUUGGCUGCUGUACCAAUCUUGAACGAAAUAGGCGUGCAUUUUAUA